UCAACUUUCCAUCUGCUCGUAAGAUUUACGAAUUUGUUCCCUGUAGUUUUCAUCAAACCCGAGCUCUUUUCCAUGGUGAAGGAUCAAACUCAUGCGCUGUAGUGGAAGCUUUCUCUUCUUGGCGGCUUUCUUGGCUGUUGUGAAGGAUUUUUGUCAGUGUGUUUGCCUUGUUUUCUUCCAGGCUAGUGGUUUUCCAUGGUGGGUAUUGUUUCUUGUUUGAGAUGGGAGAAGAGUAGACUUUAGAUUCUCCUGGGAAUAUAUCCUGGUGAAGCUGAAACCUCCAUUGAUGAGACUGGAGAGAAAAGGAAGGAGAAGAAGAUACGUGGGUUUUCACGUGCCUUUCACGUGAUUUAAGAAUUCUAAAACCCUACCAAAACCCCCGUCUCCCUUUCUCAAUUCUGAAGCCAGUUUUCGUCUUUCCCUUCUUCCAUUGUCUUUUCCAGGAUUUUCGAGGUAAUCAAGCGGACAUCGCAUCAUGAUAUCUCGCCGUUUUUUGUCAUUUUCAAUCGAUUGCAUUCGCGGUCUUUCUGCAACUAAGGAUUUCAGCUCAAUGGGUAGUCUCUUCAAGAUUAUCUCCAAGCCCCAGAAUUACUACUCUCCGUGUAGAAGUUUGAGUUCUAUAUCGAUCCUGAUCCAUAGAAAGCCCAUGGAGACGCCAUUUCACGUGAGAUCGGUGGCAACUUCUUCUGAAGCUGCUGCUGGGUUUGAUGAGAUGGUUUCCGGCACCCACCGGAAGUAUUUCAUGAUGGGUGGGAAGGGAGGUGUUGGAAAAACAAGCUGUGCUGCUUCUCUUGCUGUAAAAUUUGCUAACCAUGGUCACCCAACCAUUGUAGUUUCAACUGACCCUGCUCAUUCCUUAAGUGAUUCUUUUGCCCAGGAUUUGGUAGGAGGAAUGCCUGUCCCUGUUGGAGGAGUGGAUUCCCCUUUAUUUGCUAUUGAGAUAAACCCUGAGAGAACUCGAGCGGAAUUCCAAAAUGCAAGUCAAAAGAAUGGUGGCAGUGGCGUCAAAAAUAUUAUGGAAAGCAUGGGCCUUGGGAUGCUUGCUGACCAGAUAGGGGAACUAAAACUUGGAGAAUUGCUGGAUACUCCCCCUCCUGGAAUGGAUGAAGCAAUUGCAAUUUCUAAGGUUAUGCAAUUAGUUGAAUCACCAGAAUAUAGUAUGUUCACUCGAGUUGUGUUCGAUACCGCACCUACUGGGCAUACUCUUCGACUUCUUUCACUGCCUGACUUCCUUGACCUGUCCAUAGGCAAAAUGAUGAAGCUCAAGAAAAAGAUAGCAUCAGCCACUUCAGCCCUCCAGUCAGUUUUUGGGAAAGGAAACUCACAGCAGGAAGAAUCUGACAACAAACUGGAGGAACUGAGGAAGAGGAUGGGCAAAGUUCGGGACCUUUUCCAUGAUACAGAUGCCAUGGAGUUUAUUAUUGUAACAAUCCCAACGGUCAUGGCGGCAAGUGAAUCAUCAAGGUUGCUUUCAGCUUUGAGGAAGGAAAAAGUUCCUGUUCAGAGGCUUGUUGUGAAUCUCCUUCCUCCAUCAGCAUCUGACUGCAAGUUCUGUACAAUGAGAAGGAAGGAUCAAAUGCGUACACUUGAUAUGGUCCGCAAAGACCCAAAACUUUCUAAAUUGAGAUUAAUCGAGGCACCUUUAGUUGAUGUAGAGAUAAGGGGUGUUCCAGCACUUAAAUUUAUGGGUGAUAUGGUUUGGAGAUGAACUAUAUGUUCAUUGGCAUCUAAAUCAAGGUAAGCUAUUUUAUACCUUAAACAAUCACAUUCUUGGGGGAUGCUUCCGUAAUUCAUUUCUUAUGGAGUCUUGAGGAAUGAAACUCAAUGAAGACGAGGAAACAAAGAAUGACAUGUGCUCCAUGAUUCCUCUGAUGACCAUUUUCAUUUUCAGAAUAAGGCUAUACGACAUUUUCAUUCAUGCAGGUGGAUGCUAAGAAUUUGCUCCACAUUUUGAGAGACACCCGAGGGAUGACACUGCCAUUGUGUUCUAGUAUACUUGGAGUAAUACGUAUAUAAAAUAUCAAGGCUAGCGAAACAACUUAUUUAGGCUAACAACAAGGCAGAAUCAGAGAUUAGAGUGCAUGCAUGGAAGAUGCAAGAAAACUUUGUAUCUUCUCAGAAUGUUGUUCUUCAAUAUUCUUAUGGGGGAAAAAGAGCUUCCCCUCUAUGGAGGUUAUCGAUG